AUGGCAUUAAUGCAUUUAUAUAUUCAUAUCCCUAGUUUGGAUGUUGACAGACUUCGCAACCAACCAGAUUUUGCAGCAUCAACUGGCAAGGUUAGACAUCAUGAUGUUUCCUCCCUAAAUGCUCUAUGGGAAGUGUGUCACAGGUCUGGCGAGCCCAAUCUCCUGUUGCUCCGGUGCAGGCAAACCUGGCACGGCGCAUUUCUGGAGAAGGAUGGCAGGGACUCAAAGAUGCAGCCGGAGGACCAGACGGUCCCAGCUCCACAGGUGGUGCCACCUGCGCAGCCGGUGGAUUUUUCCACCAUGGACUCGGUGGUGAAGUCCUCGCACCGGGCCAUGAUUUUAAAGGCAGAAUGGCAGAUGGAACCCCCAGCACCACCGAUGGAGGUCGCUGGGAGUCAGCCCGCGAGUUAUAGCGAAGCGCCAGGCCACUCACGGGGAGGUGCUGGCUAUAAGUCAGCCAUGCAGUUGCUGAUGGAAGCCAGAGCCGGCGAGGGCAGAUCUGCUGCGCAUUCGUCCGCCUUGCAGCUGUUGCGGGAAGCCGCUGCUGCCCCACGGCGCGGCGCCCGGCGCCGACCUCGACCAGCUCGCGCCCAACGGCGGAAGGAGCCAGGUCCAAAGGUGGAGCCGUUGCCAGUGCUGGAGCAUUAUUACAUCCACAAGCACAUCCAUCGACAUCACCAGCAGGUGGUCGGCAGCCGUGAGGAAGCGCUGCGCGCAGCUGAAGAGAUGAGAAAUGCCACGGAGGCCUCCUUGCAGCGAACGUUUAAGCCCAGAUCACGGCCGCAGGAGGUCUCACGGUCCACGUCCCUCCCAGUGCUCUCUUCUUCGAGGUGA